AUGUCCAACGGAAAGACCUACACAUUGAGCAACGGCCAGACCAUCCCCGCGGUUGGUUUCGGAACCUUCGCCAGCGAGGGUUCUGUCGGCGAGACCUACAGAGCCGUCACUGUUGCUCUGGAGACUGGAUACCGUCACCUGGACUGCGCCUGGUACUACCUUAACGAGGGCGAGGUCGGUGAUGCCGUGCAUGACUUCCUGGCGAAGAACCCCUCCGUCAAGCGUUCCGAUAUCUACAUCACCACCAAGGUGUGGAACCACCUGCACCGCCCUGAGGAUGUCCGAUGGGCCAUCAACGACUCCCUGAAGCGUCUCAAGCUGGAGUACGUUGACCUUUACCUGGUCCACUGGCCCAUUGCCUCUGAGAAGGACACUGCUGAGGAGCCCCACCCUCUUCUUGGUGCCGAUGGCAAGUACGUUAUCCUGAAGGAUCUUACCGAGAACCACGAGCCAACAUGGCGCGCCAUGGAGAAGCUGUACAAUGACGGCCUCGCCAAGGCCAUCGGUGUCUCCAACUGGACCAUCCCCCAGCUCCAAGACAUGGAGAAAUACGCCAAGGUCCAACCCCACGUUAACCAGAUUGAAAUCCACCCCUUCCUCCCCAACAACGAGCUCGUCGACUACUGCUUCUCCAAGGGCAUUAUGCCCCAAGCCUACUCUCCCCUCGGCUCACAGAACCAAGUCCCCACCACCGGCGAGAAGGUCUCCGAGAACAAGACCCUGAACGAGAUCGCUAACAAGGGUGGAAACUCCCUUGCCCAGGUCCUGAUUGCCUGGGGUCUGCGCCGUGGAUACGUCGUUCUGCCCAAGAGCUCUAACCCCACGCGUAUUGUGUCUAACUUCAAAAGCAUUGAGCUUUCUGAUGAAGACUUCGCGGCUGUGAACAAGGUCGCUGAGGGCCGUCACUUCCGUUUCGUUAAUAUGAAGGAUACCUUUGGUUACGAUGUUUGGCCCGAGGAGUCUGCUAAGAACCUGUCUGUUUGA